AUGGCUUCAGUUUUUGGUGUUGCUACCCCAUUGGUGGUUGAGAUUAAUGAUAGAGUUCGACUAGUCUUCAAGAAAAACCCUUUCAAAUCAGUUGAGGAUGAUCCAGAAGGUGCAUUUUCAUCGGUGCCCUAUGAUGUGCUGCAUAACAAAGAUAUCAGGGCUUACAUUCUUUGUGACCUUGAAGAGAUUGGAAAUGUGGACAUGCUGGAUCUUUACAACAAGCAUUUGGCUAAUGGUUUGGGAAAUCUCAAACCUACAUAUAAGGUGCUUCAAAAAAAUCUUUCUACGGGCGGAGCUGGUAAUCAUGCUAGCCCCCAGGCUUCUCAGGAUACCAAGGAGGACAAGACGACAGUCAAAUCGGUGGAAGAGAAAGAUUCCAAAACUGGGGACCCACAUGAUAGAGGUAAAGAAAAUAAAUGGUCUGCUCUUUUUGGAGUCAGGCCUUUGGUGAAAUCUGGUCUUCCGGAAGUUAAAAAUAUCUCUAAUCCGGCAACUGAGGUUUUUGCUAUUUCUGUUCUGGAUAAGCUGGUUGAUUUCAUUGUGUUUGGCUUAGCUAUGACCUUAGUGGGAAGCAACAAGGAGGAAGAGCAUGGGAAAGAAGAAAAGGUUCAAAAAUCUAAAUCAGAGGAUCAGAAGGUUGGUCCUAUCAUCCAGGGUAAAGUUGAUGAGAGUUCCUAUGAUGAUGCUUCAACUUCAUCUAAUAGUAAAGAAAAUGUGGAAGACUUUAAUGAAGCGCAUGACUAUAAUAUCUCAGAUACUGAGCCUUUGUUGUUAAUAACCAAUGGAAGUCCAAAGCAGAAUGGAAAUAUGAUCCUGAAUUCCCAAUGUAAAACUUCUCCUAAAAUUUUGGAAACGAUUCUAGCUAUCCAGGAAAAUAAGAGAUUUUCGGUGUCACCGGGGAAAGGAAAGAGGAAGCUGGAGGAAGGCGGGUCUAGCAAGGUUGAGGGGACACAGAGCAAAAGAGGUAAAAAAGCUACUAUGGAGAAAAUUCAAGAGGACAAGGGUUCAGAGGACAUUGGAAAAGAUGGCAGUGAGAUGGAGACUGAUAAGUCUAAAGGAGAGGAGAGUUGGAAGGAAGAGGAAGUGGGGGAAGAGGAAGGAGGAGCUGAGGAAGUCUCUAAUCAAAAUAGUCCAAUCCACAGUGUUGAUCCUAUGGCUGUGGAUGAGAAGAAUCUACAAGAGAAGCAGUUGACUAAAGGGGAGAAAGAACAAGAUGAGCUUGAUGAUGAAAGAUUUGUUUUAACUCCCAAGGACCAAGAGAAUUUUUUUAGGGAAAUAGCAGGUGAAGGAGGAUCUAAAGAGAUAGAUAAAGCCAACAAAGGGUUUGAAGAAGAAAUUACUUCAACCCAAGAUGUUCAAAUUCCUGAGCAAGAAGAGGAUAAAAGUAAGAAUCAAGAGGAAGAGAAAGAUGAUGGAGAAGAGCAGUUACCAAAGCUCCUAUACAAGUUGAAGGAGAAAGCUCCCCAAAAUAACAAGUUUCACAGGUUAGAUUGGGUAAACAGACCAAGUGGGGAGAGUUAG